AUGACUGCCGCGUCACCGCCAUCUUCAUACGCUAUACCUGUCGGAGUCUCCACCUCAUCAAAGAUGACGAAACGAACGAGUUUCGAAGUCCUCCCAGGAACCGCAGGCCCUGAUUCAAACUUACCUUUACCAACUCCUUCCCGCGAAUCAUAUUCACAUUCACAUCUGUCAAAUGGAUCGGGGCUGGAUGAGAAUGGGGGGAUCCGAGAAGGAAUACCUAUGACGUUUGGCGUUGGUUCAGCUACACCAACACACCACAAACGAAUUUCCAGUCCUACCCGGACACUCAGUCGGAUACCAGUAGCUUCUGUUGGUAACGCACGCGCAUUAGCAGAUGAAGGAGAAGGAAGCCAGGUUCUGCCAGGCCAACGAUCGCCGUCAUCCAAACUUUCACCUCUAGACGAUGUAUCGUCAUCUUCACUCGCCCUUCCGCAACCGCCAUCACCUAGACGAGCUUCGCUCACACCUGGUGGCACCACCAAAGUCCUGGCUGACUUACAGACUGGAGUCAUCAACGCACGAAAUGCUUUAGAGAACACGAAGGCGCAGCUUAGGUUGUCGCAACGUACGGUGGCCCAGUUGACGAGACAGACGGAGGAUUUGAAAGAAGGGAGAGAGAGAUUGAGACUAGAGAAUGAGGGGCUGAAUAAUGUCGUUGCUAGGAAGGAGAGAUUGUUACAGGAAGUUCUUGAACGAGCAAGAAAGGCAGAAGCGGAAGCGGCGACGCUCAAGAGCCAAUUAAAGUCUGAAACGGCGACGUCUAAGAAGACACUUCGGGAGAUGGAGAGCCAACUUUCGGAAUCGACUGCUUUGUCACAGAAAUGUGAACGAGAAUAUGUGACAUUGAGGGAUUCGUUGAAGGCUAUGACGGAAUCGUGGAAACAAGAUACGGAUAAACUGAGAGAAGAGACGCGAAAAAGGGAGGAGAGAUGGAAGAAGGAAGCUGAGACUAUAGGGAAGAAGUAUCGGACGUUGGUUGAGGAAAUGCAACAGUCUACGGAAGGUCGAGAAACGCUGAACAAGCUGAGGGAGGAGGAUAAGAGGAUAAAUACGGAACUUGAACAAGCCUGGACGGAGGAGAUUGAAAAAAUGAAGGCUGAAGUUGAACGGAGUACUGAGGAGCAACGGGAGGCGAACGAGACGGCAAGACAAUUGACGACUGAGCUAGCGAGAUUGAGGCGACUAAUGCAGAGGAUUCCGAGCAGUAACGACGACGACGAGCCGCCGACUAUGACUUGA